AUGCCACCUGCAGGGUUCAAGAACAGUGAUCUGUACUGUGUGGCGCCCAUCAUCAACAAGAAUGCCAGCAAAGCAGCAAGCCCAGCUUGUCCACAGAAGGCGGUCCACAGCAAACACUUGCAGCAGAGAUCGUUUGGGAGCACUUGCUUCGCGGAAGCCGCCCCAGUCAGCUACGAUUACUGGGCAGUUGGCCUGAACUGCUGUGACCAAAGCGGCUUCCGCUGCGGCGAGUACGACAAGCCGUCCGCGCGAAGUGGGGUGCGGCUUCUGAACGAGGAGCAGCGGCAGUUCUACGUCUUAGCUGUGAAGGAGGCUGAGGCCACCUUCGGCCUCAAAGCCACCACGCCGCUCUUCUUCUUCUGGGUGGAGGACGCGAAAGCCCUCCAAAGUUCCUGGAAGGACAAAGCCAUAGAGUACUGGCUGCUGGCCUGCCUCACCUUCGCUGCCUUCAUGUUUGCCGCCACUGUGGCCGGCGUCGUGUACUUUGAGUCCGUCUUCGUGAACUUUUGGUGA